GUUUUUAGAGAUUUUUUAAAAAGACUUAUUAGAAAUUAAAUAUUGAUAAUCCAUAAUAUUUAAUCCUUAUGUCCAAUAAUUCUAAUAACUUAUGAAGAUUAAAUAUUCCAACUGUUUUAUGCUAUCGCGCUAUCUCCUCCUUGCAAUAAACAAAAUAAUGUCUGAGAGCGGAGUCGUCUUCAAUCAUAAUUUAAGAAGUAGGCUGGUCCUAAAAGCUCAGCGGCACCCCCGCUCGUUGGGUACAGAAUGCUCUGAGUGGAUUACGCAAUGGUUAUAUUGACUAUGUCCUUCAUAAAAUGUUUGACAUCAGUUGGAAUUGAGCUGCCGACAACGAAAUACGAAUACACUUCAGAUUGAAUAUUUUUCACAUCAUGUUAUUGGAGAUAAUUGUCCUAUUGGCAAGUUUUCUAUUAAUAUUUAACUGGUGGGGCCAUGGCUAUUGGAAAAGAAGAAACGUAUUUUCCAUCCCAAAGUUGUUCAUAUUUGGAAAUUUCUGGCAAUUAGUGAUGGGGCAAAAAGUGUCUCUUAUGUUUUGUGACAUAUACAAAAAAUAUAAAAAGCAUAGAAUGGUUGGCUUCUACUGUUUCUAUAAGCCGAUGCUAUUGAUCAGUGAUCCAGAAAUUAUAAAAAGAGUUCUAGUAAUAGAUUUCAACAGCUUCAGUGAUAAUGGUUUUGUAGUGGACAAGGAUAUAGAUCCAUUAUUUGGAUAUAAUCCAUUUACAGCAAAAACCAUACCUUUAUGGAAAGAAUUGAGGAGUAUUCAAGCUGCAAACCAGACUCCAUUAAAAUUAAAGGAAGUGGUUCCUAGCUUAGCCAAUAUAAAGGAGUUCAUGUAUGACUUCAUCAAGAAUCAGAAAAAUCAACCUAUUGAGGUAUCAGACUUAACAUUACGUGCAGCCAUUGACUCAGCUGUUCUUAAUGGUUUUGGAAUAGAACCGAAGUCAUUUACAGAUCCUGAAUUCAGUUUCAUGACACACGCUAGUGGUGAAAAACUCUUUGAAGCUACUUUUGUAACCAUGAUUUCUGCAUUUUUCUUCCCUUUGAUAAACAGACUCUUUAGUUUGAGAAUGACUUCAAAGGAAGCAGAGGAAUUUUUCGUAUCCAUGGCUAAAACAAAUAUUGAUUAUCGACAGAGUGCUAAAAUCACACGAAGUGAUCUAUUUGAUACAAUAAUGAAGUUAAAUCAAAAGAAGUUGGAGCAAGGGAAUAAAGCCUACUCAGCCUUGGAAAUGUCUUCUCAUUGUGCAAGUUUUUAUAUGGAUGCUACUAUAACAUCAUCAGCAGUUUUAUCCUUUAUACUAUUGGAGCUAGCUUAUCACCAAGAUGUCCAAGACAAACUUAGGAGAGAAAUCUUCUUGAUUGGAAAAAAACCAGAGGAUCUUGACUUUGAUAAAAUAAAUUCCAUGACUUAUUUACAAAUGGUUUUUGAUGAAACUUUAAGAAUGCAUCCCCCUGUGAUGAUAGUGUCCCGCUUAUGUACUAAGGAUACAGAGAUAGAAGGUGUGAAAAUUUCUAAGGGAACUAAAGUAUUUAUUUCUCCUUUUGCUCUUCAUUAUGAUCCAGAAUACUUUCCUAAUCCAGAAAAAUUUGACCCAGAUAGGUUUUCAGAUAUUAAUAAGGAGUCUAUGACAAAGUACUCAUUCUUGCCUUUUGGUGAAGGGCCGCGAAUAUGUGUAGGUAUGAAAUAUGCUAACAUAUUUGUGAAGACUUCAAUUGCACUUAUUCUUCUGAAGUACAAAAUAUUACCAGCUUAUGAUCAGAAUGAAAGUCUACAUGAUAUUGAUCAUUUUCUUUUAGGACCAAAACCAAAUGCUGCAGUCAAAUUUGAGGAAUUUUAAUCUUAAUUCAUAUCGGUUUUAUACUGUAAAAAAUGUUAUAUGUUUCUUCAAUUGUUUACUUCUUUAAUUAAAUACUGGUUGAAAAACCAACUCUUCUUUUUACUUCCUUUGUUAACUAUUUAAGUUUUAAAGAUCCCCACUCAAAAUGUGUGAUAUGAUAUUCUUGUCAGCAGCUAUAUGGCAAUAUAGAGUUGUAUUACUAUUUAUUGUAUUAUAGCCGUUACACUCAGUGCGAUAACCCACAGUGCUACUGACAAAGGGUAUCGAAUCUUCAUAUCGUAUUCUGCUUGUAGGAGCCUUUAUUUGAUUGAUUCUCUUAAAAAUGUAUGUUACUUCUUGUUCAUUAUAAGUUCUAGUCAUCUAAACAUAUCCUCUUCUAUAUUUCUUACGAUUUAUCUAAAUGCUAUAUUCUUAAUUAUUAUGCUAUUUAGAUAACGCAUUAGAAUUUCGAGAAUCUCACCAUUUUCAACUAUAAACAUUCUGUAAACAAACAACUAUUAACAAAUAAAGAUUAAGAUUCUUAC